UGUCCGGUGCUGCAGAGCCGACCAUCUCAGAAACAAUCAGGUUCUAACAAAUGAUGGAGGAAAUUUAUAUCAAUGUUGAUUAUGUCAAACCUGAUGAGAAAAUGCCUUCAACAAACUGCACAGAUACAAGAAGCUCUAAGAGGAAUUUCCAUUCAGGUGUUAUUCUCUCUCUGGGCCUGCUGAGCACUCUCAUGUUCAUUGGGCUCAUCACUCUUGGUGUCUUUUAUCGUGACACAUUUGCAAAUCUCUCUGAGAUGAGUAACAAACUUGCCGCCACGACUGAGGAGAGAGACCUUCUUCAUGCUAACCUCACUGAAAAUACCAGGGAGCUGGAAAGGCUUCAGAAUUUGACCAAACUGAAAAAAACAUGUCCUGCAGGAUGGAGGAAGUUCAGCUGUAGCUGCUAUCUCCUGUCUGAAAGGUCUGAUUCCUGGGAUGCAGCCAGAAAGGACUGCAGAGACAGAGAAGCAGAUCUGGUGGUGAUAGACAGCUUUGAAGAACAGAACUUCCUCAAGACAAUCACCAAUGAACACACUUGGAUUGGUUUGAAUGACAACGAACAGGAAGGACAGUGGAAAUGGGUGGAUGGAACUCCACUGAUUCUGACGUACUGGGGAGACCGUCAACCUGAUAAUGCUGGUGGGGGAGAACACUGUGGUCAUGUCAGAAAUGAUGAGAAAAGGUCUUGGAAUGAUCUUCCAUGUUCAACAUCUCUUAAAUGGAUCUGCGAAAAAAUACCAUAAAACCACUGUACAGUUUCUUGAAGAUCUUUACAUCAAUGUUAGUAGUUUUAGUUGUAGUUAGUUUCAGUUAUGAUAUUAUUGUAGAAAUUUUUUAGCAAAUUUAAUAAAAUAAAUAAAUAAAAGCACACAUAUCCCUGAGAUGCCAAGCAAUAUUAGUUUUCAUCUGGGGACUAUUCCAACCAGGUCAUUUCCUGAAAAAUACACGUUUGUCUGCUGCUGGAAAACAGAUGAGCGCACCAAGACAGAUUUCUCCAAAGAGCUAUAGAGUUAGUGGCUCAUCAUUUAAUGGAUGAAUUAUACCAAGAAC